AUGCUGACAGCCGCCCUCCCGCCCAUCAUCUUGCGCUGGCUUCUCGUAGCUCUACCAGAGCUGGCCAAAGACGCACAUACCUCUGAGGCAGAUGGACCUCUGCAAGAUGGGCAAGAGAGCUACGACGCCCGAAUCACCCAUAGCUACGGUCUAGUUGCAGCCAUGGCACUCUCACAGAUGGCUGCUGGCAUCCUCAUCAACGCGUCGCGAUACAAGCUAGAAGGCGUCGGAGCCCAGGCAAAGGCUGCUCUCACGUACAUCAGCAUGGAAAAGGCCUUCUUGGCACCUCCUUCUUCGGCCGCAAUCACCUCACCUCAAAGAGUUCAAGGAACAAAAGGGGGCCCGAGACGUCAAAUCUGGAACUCCGGCGCCGUGUUUAACCUCGCAUCCGUGGAAGCCUCACGCAUAGAGGAUUGCAUCAGCGGUAUUAACGCUAUCUGGACCGUACCAGCUAGCUUUAUCCUCGCGAUCCCCAUGUUGGCCACGAAUGUAGAUACUUCAUCGCUAGGCGGCAUGGUGAUCUUGCUUCUAGGUCUUCCCAUCUUCACCAGCGUCGCUCUCCGCAUCUGGGGCGAGCAAAAGGCUCUCAGCGGACUCUGCCGACGACGAGCGGCCAGCACACAGCAAGUGAUCCAAGGCAUCCGCGGAAUCAAACUCGCAGGAUGGGCUUCCCAGACCAUGGUUCUAAACAAGCUGUGCGGGAUGAGGGUGGUGGAGAUGGUGACGGCAAGCCGGUUAUGGCACAACCGCGCCGUGCUCGAAGCGGCGUGCGCUCUCUUGCCGACAUUGGAAUCUAUGGCAAGCCUCGUCCUCUAUGAUACGUUCCACGAGGGCGUACCUGACCCAGCAAAGGCGUUCUCAUCCUUUGCUCUGUUCUUGGCGCUCAAACCGCAUGUAAACCGUGCGGCACAGGCAGCGGUACAGUUGCAGGAUCUUUUGGUGGGAUGCCGCGCAAUUGAGCAGUGGUUAGAGACGGAGGAGCCAGGUGAACUGAUGGCGAAGUCUGCCGACUGGGCAGUUGAUAUAGCUCAGGAUACAGUCGUUUGCUGGCCAGUCACAUCUGAAGAUGACGACUUCGUAUUAGCCUUUGACACCCAGGUUCAGGUCAUGAAAGGUGAAACGGUGGCCGUCUGUGGCGCACCUGAGUCUGGUAAAUCAUCUCUGCUAUGUGCGGUCGCAGGCCAAAUGUGCCUCGAGUCCGGCAGAUUAGAACUGGGCAUCGGGUCAAAUGUGGCCAUGGCUGGCCAGACACCAUGGAUGAGGAGAGGAACGAUCCGCAGCAAUGUCCUCUUCGACCAGAAGUUUGACGAGGCAAGAUAUUGGGCGCUUCAGCUCUCCUGA